AUGCUCAUACGCGUUACCCCAUAUGUUCAUGAUAUCAGGUCUCGGAAGCUCAGGAUCAUCCUCUCCGGAUAUCCAUACUCUGCACACGACGACGAUGCACCACACGUGUACCCUAGUAUCUAUACUCUGGGUGUCCCUAUCCUUGGCAUGCGCUAUGCCUUCCAGGAGAUCUGCUGGAAUCACAAGGGACGGGUAGCAAAAUGCGAUCAUCGCGAAUACGGACUUGCAGAAGUUCAGAUCAGCAGGUCUAGUGAAUCGGUAAGCUCUGUUGACGCCCUGUUUGAAGGACUCGGCGAUCAGAUGCAGGUCUGGAUGUCACACGGCGAUCAACUGUCCGUUAUGCCUCCCGACUUCCAUGUCAUCGGACGGACGAACACCGCUCCUUAUGCUGCCAUCGCACAUAACUCGAAGUCGCUUCAUGGCAUUCAGUUCCAUCCAGAGGUGACACAUUCCCUGCCAGGAAAGCAGCUCAUUGGUCGAUCUGUGCUGAAUAUAUGCCAAUGCCGACCAAAUUGGACAAUGGAGGAAUUUAUUGGCCAGGAAAUCGUCCGCAUCCGUGAGAUAUGUGGUCCGAGAGGCCGCGUGAUCGGUGUAGUCAGCGGAGGCAUUGACAGCACAGUCACAGCCAAGUUAAUGCGCGAGACAAUCGGCGACAGAUGCGACUUGAUGAUGUCGAGAAUCCGGAACAGAAACGCAAGAUUAUGGGGUGUUUUCGAGACGGAAGCAGCGAAGAUCGAGGAAGCUGCCGAGAAGGAAGAAAACGGAGCGCAGGCAAAGGGGAAGAUCGAAUGGCUAUUGCAAGGAGCCCUAUAUCCAGAUGUUAUCGGGAGCAUCAGUUUUAAGGGCCCUAGCGCGACCACCACGACGCAUCACAAUGUUGGUGGGCUUCUCAAGGACGUUAAUCGAACCCCUACGCGAGCUCUUCAAAGGUCUGAUGAAGUCCGUUCGCUUGGAAGACUCCUGUCAAUACCAGCGCCUUUGGUUCAACGUCAUCCUUUCCCAGGUCCCGGUCUGGCUAUUCGGAUUUUGGGUCCUGUCACACGCGAACAAGUGAAGAUCCUGCAACAAGCGGAUCGUAUCUAUAUCGAGGGGAUUCACAAGGCGAAUCUCUACAAUCAAAUCAGCCAGGCCACGGCCAUCUUGCUUCCUGUGAAAGCUAUCGGCGUGAUGGGUGACAAGCGCACAUAUAAGCAGGUAAUUGCUCUGAGAGCGGUGACGUCGGAAGACUUCAUGACUGCUGAUCGGUAUGCGUUUCCUCCCAAAGCUUUACGUUGGAUAUCGUCCCGUAUCACGAACGAAGUGAAUGGGAUUGAUCGUGUCACUUACGAUAUAUCUUCCAAGCCUCCAGUAGGUCCUGUCGCUUCGUCUCGCCAGAGUCAACAUUGA